AGGCUCGAUAUUGACAAGAAGAGACAGUGACCCGCAUUCUGGAACACUUUAGGGUCUCAUCAUAACUGCAUAGCUUCCAAGACCACAGUGACUGGCUGGGUUUUCAGGAAUCUUUUCUGUACUGAUGGUGCAGAAUCCUUCGUAACUCAUUCAUUGCUAAACUUUUUUUUUUUUGUAUCACCUGCAACUUUUUAGGCACAUAUUUUAUAAUGGUCUUUUAAAUAGUUGCGUAGCCUAGAAAAUAUAGAAUUCACUUCCCAUUCUCUCUCUCUCUCUCUCUCUCUCUCUCUCUCUCUCUCUCUCUCUCUCUCUCUCUCUCUCUCUCUCUCUCUCUCUCUCUGUAUCCAUGCAAACUAUAUUUUUACGGUGCUGUGAAUGUUGAUAAAGGAUGACCAUAGAGGUGAAAAGGUUAAAUAAUCUCUAGAAUCACGAAAACAUAUUUAAUAAAACCCACCAAGCUUCCUCUAGAGCCUGCUAUGAUAAGUGAAGGUAAGAUGCCGUGUUCGUGAAUCCAUGCAGUCCCGGAAUGUGUGGGGAGAUGACAUUCAAGGGCGACCGUGUGUGUGUGUGUGUGUGUGUGUGUGUGUGUGUGUGUAUUUACCUAGUUGUGCUUUAUGGGAAAAGAAUUAUGCUCGCGCUGUCCCAUCUCCAUAUCUUUUAAUAUCCAACUAAGCCUUGAAUCCAUGUAUAUUUUCUGCAUUUACUAUCUCCUCAUCCAGAUUGUUCCAUACAUCAAUACUUCUAUAUGGGAAACUAUACUUUUUGACGUCUCUUCAGCCUAUUCCCAUGUUCUCUAGUGUCCCGUGUAUCCCAGACCAUUAAGUCGCUCCGGUCCACCUCCUCUACUCCCUCAUAUGCUUUAUAUAUCGCAAUCAGGUCUCCCCUUUCUCUCCUCUUUUCCAACGUUGGUAGAUGUAUCCUUGCCAGUCUCUCUUCAUAUGACAAGUCCCUGACACUUGGUACUAUCUUCGUGUGUGUGUGUGUGUGUGUGUGUGUGUGUGUGUGUGUGUGUGUGUGUUUAUGUGUGGUGGGGGGGGUACAGUCGCCUCAAUAUGUCAUGUCAAGGUCCCAUGAAUUCAUUGUCCAUAAGUCGAAUUGAAAUUUAUAUAUACAUUAUUUAAGUGUUUAACGUACAAGGACAGGAUAAUAAGCUGACGAAGAUUAUUUAAGUGCUUCAUGUAAAGGUUCCGCAAAUAUGUAGACAAAUGAGGAUACCUCUUCGGAAAACUUUACCUGCCUUGAGUGUCCCAUGGCGGGCUCCAUCCCCCGACGAAGGCAGCCAAUACCAACAUUACACAGAGGCGCGUGUCUUUGGUAAAACUGCCGUCCUUUCGUUGUGCUUUCCUUCAGUACAUAUUUGGCGGAGAAAUCCUUGUGGGGAGGAAACUAUAUAGUAUUUCAGUGGCGGAUUAAGAAGACUGAAGUAUAGUGUACUUGUCGCCACGAGGCCUGCAACUAGUGGCAUGGUGAACGUAGCAAGAUUUUUUGUCCUCAUGAGUAGCGGUGAGAGAGAUCUUGAUGUUCACAGUUUUCAAAGAUAAACUCAUGGGUAAAUAAAGAGAAAUUCUCCCCGAGUGACUGCACAAUGUCUUCUUUCCGGCAGCUUUCUCUCUCUCUCUCUCUCUCUCUCUCUCUCUCUCUCUCUCUCUCUCUCUCUCUCUCUCUCUCUCUCUGUUGGCAAGAGUCAGGAAUGCAACAGGUAAAGCAAGUUGGGGUAGGUUGUCACGGGCGAGUAACGGCAGGUGAUUUAGAGCACUCCUUUACUCUCCACACUUCCCUUCCCUUUGCUUGAAAAAAGAGAAUUAAUAGAUGAAGAAAAAGAGAAAAGAAGCUAAGUAAAAAGCGAGGAAAUGUCAUGUGGUGGAGUUUUUACCGCCUAUAAGCCUCAAGGACGUGUGUUAUGACGGCGCUUUGCAAAACGAAACACACCAAACCACAAACAAGAAAGGUGGAAAAAAAAAAAUCUGAGAAAAAAAAAGACACUGGUGACUGAGUAUGAAGGUUUUCCAUCACACGCACACACGCACACACACACACACACACACACAAAACUUGUGUUCGGUCAUUUUUUUUACGUGUGUGUGUGUGUGUGUGUGUGUGUGUGUGUGUGUGUGUGUGUGUGUGUUACCCAUCACUGUUCCUACUCACAAACCCGGAGAUCACGUUCCAUUAUCAGCAAAGUGUCAAUCUUGGCAAUGAGAAUAUUAAAAUGUAGGUCACCUGUGGUAACUAAAUUGCUGGCUUCAUAACAACCCGGUUAUGAGAGGGAAGCGUUGCGAGGAAGAUAGUUGUCCUGCAGUCGGAAUCAUACUCGUAGAUUUUGCUGAUGAUAAUUAUGGCUAAGCCAGGUUUUACUGUUAAUGAAAGUUAUCUAUUGCAUGUUGUUGAUGCCGAGGGCUGCAUACUUUCUGAACAGAAUAACAAAAGCAUGAAGAAGAUAGUUACGGCCAUAACAUGUCUAAGAGGACCGACCCCCAUUAGGGAUUAAUUAGGAAGGACAAUAACGAGUAUAAGAGGAAAUAGCUAGCAAAAAUAUUAUAUGUAUUUUUAUUUAACAUGCUUCAGCGCUUUGUUUACACUACUUUUAACUUUAUUUAGUGGAAGGUAUUGAGAGUUUUAAGGGUGUUUGCAUAAUUCUAGUGAUAAUUUGAUGGAUUCGGCAUCAUCAGUAGGGAAAAAAAAUAACAUGAGAACUCGACAACUCAGCUUUGUGACCUUUGGAAGUAGUCACAGUGAGAAAGCAAGGAGCUUAAGAACACGGGCAUGAAUACCAAGACUGUGAAGUAUUAAGUCGCUGCUCAAACCCUGACGACUCACCGCCCUUCCAGCGACUCACCACCCAGGCUUUGAAUCUUACUGUUUCGGUCCGGGACUUUUCGACCCUGCCUUAUCAUACCUCAGCCCAUGCGUGGUUAGGUUUGAGGUAAUUACAAAUUUAGAUUUAUGCAUCGUGUGUGUAUGGUUGUGGUGUUCUAAUACUGUAUACUGUUUAACACAACAACAGUGUUGUUGUGUUAAAGUAUACAAACACAUACAACAGUGAUGAAAACAUUUAUGAGAACCCGACUAAUCAUUUGUAUAGUCAUUAUGAAAGGACCUAUAUCGCGUUUCAAAGUAAGGGCUUGGGUGGCUGUGUGGUAGUGUCGGUACUCUGGUCGCGGGCUGAAAGUUGCUUGUUCGAUAAACGUUAGUCUCUCGGCGGGAAAGGUAGCGCCUUUAGUUUUACAAGAAAUAAAUAGGUUCAGUGAAAAAGGAGAUUAAAAGAAAUGAUAAUAACGUGAAAAGAUCUGCAGUUGGAGAUAAGAUAACUGGUAACGUUCACUUGUACCAUAAUGACGUUGCGGCGUCUUAACCCAGUCCGUUUCCAUCAUAACUCAAUCCAUUUUUAAUUUCAUAUUAUUUUAGGAUUAUUUUACGCUAUCAUUCUUAGUUUUUAUGCUUAUUUUUUUAACAAUGUAUUUUUAUAAAUUUGCUAUUUUAACAUCUAAACUUAAGAUCCAAGAGAAGAUCCUUAGGCUCAGUAAUCAGGACAAGAAGUAAUACGUUCGGUCAGCAUACUCAUAGCAAUAUUAAAAAGAAAAAAAGUUAAUAGGGCGUUAGAUGACUGGAACAGACUCAACUAUCAGAUUGUUAAAGUCAAUAUUGACUUAAGAGAAUAUCAAACAAAUGGACAGAUGUGACUGGUGCAUAUGUGUCUAUUAACACCGAAACUAUUGUCUUCUUGAAGCAAACUAUGUUUUUAUCUUGUCUCAGUGGUGGCUUUGUUAACAGCUACAGCUGCGUCACACUCCGUCAUCUAAAAACCUUAUCUGUGUGGCUAGUAUUGUUAACGUUUCAGCGCCUUAUCUCGAUUAUACUUUUUGCAAGUUUUUAAUGGAUUGGUUGAUUUGUGUCAAGGCGCCGCAGCAACUGUAAUGGGAGAUAUUUGGAUUUUCAAGAGUAUUUGUUAUUGUAGUUGUAAUUUUAUAAGAAUUCUGCAUCACCAAGAAGGAAAAAUACCCAUGAAAGCUCAACUAAUUACUCUGCGGCCUUUGAGAAUAGUUAUAAUGAGAGCCCGGAAUACUUAAUAUGGACCUAAGUCGCCUGUUGAUCGACACGGCAGUAUGGUGCGGCGACGAAGUGAAGAGUCCAGUUAGUCCGUCAGUGAGUCAUAUCUUCGUUAUGAGUGGUACUUUGUUUUCUCUGCCACUUUCUCCCUGAUGGUAACGGCGCUGUGUGUGUGUGUGUGUGUGUGUGUGUGUGUGUGUGUGUGUGUGUGUGCGUGUGUGUGUGUGUGUGCGUGUGUGUGCACGUGCGGCGCUUUACGAUCAAUCAGUCAGUCUGUCAGUUUCCGUGGUGGCAAACAGGCCGUGUCAUUGGUAGUCUCUUGAAAGAUACUGAUGUAAUAAACAAACAACACAUCCUCCUACUUGUAAUGCUCUAUUCUUUGUAAAUUUGUGUUCUAUAGAAUUUUUACUGAAAUUAGCCACCUUGGCUAAUUUUGGCGUGGAAAAUAUUAAGUUAGAUUAUAGUAGUUUAGUUUGUUUGGUCAAGCCAGACGCGGUAACUGAACUUGACCUCUCCCACCCCAUCCCAAAAACACCUGGGAUGAUUGAUGUUCACGUGAUACAAUUAGACUAGACUUCAGUCUACCACUCCCAAACAAAGCACAGUCUGACUCAUCCCGCCACCCACUGCUUGAUCAUCUCUGGGUUGCCCACGCCACGCUAUGUUCAGUCAUAUUCUGAAACACCUCUGCGCUGCACCUCCACUACUUUCAAAAGACUCUAAUGACACGGGUUUUUAAAGGGUGGUUUUUUUUUACAAUUCUAGUGACUGAGUAACAAAAUUUCUUCAUGAUUAACUUGAGAAACACUCUUGAGAACAUGGCUAAUCAUCUCUUUGGCCUUUGUAUUGGGAAGAGAGCAAAGCGUUUUUUAAUACGUGACUCGGUAUCAGUCACCAAUCAGUCACUCCAGGAAUGCCCACUGGCUAUCACCUCAUACCCCGUUAUAGUUACCCUCAUGUGACCGCCGCCCCCGUCGCCACCUGCCCACCUCUGCCGCCCCGCCACUCCAUACCCAGACGUGCAGCGAUACCCAGAGUCGCCCCAUCACCCUGACUCAGCACAGGCGGUGGCAGCAGUCGUGGUGGGGAUGGUGUGCAUGGUAGUGGCGGAGCCUGCUGGACGGGCGGGCGGCCAGCAGGGUUACGGUGCAGGAGGCGGCGGCGGCGGCGGCGGCGGCGGCGGCGGCGGCGGUGACGGAUCAUUCGCCCCCGCUAGCUACGCCUUCCAGUACGACGUGAACGACGGCACCUCCGGCAACUUUUUUGGCCACCAGGAACAGCGAGAGGGAGUGAACACCCAGGGCACCUAUUACGUCCAGCUGCCGGACUCCCGCACGCUGAGGGUGGAGUAUACGGCUGACGAGGGCGGCUACCGACCUGUCAUUACCUUCGAAGGCGAGGCCCAGUUCCCUACAGGAUCUCAAGGUGGUGGUACAGGUCGGCCUCAGGGAUCGUACGGGGCCCCUCCCACUCCCUCCCAGUCCUACCUCUCGAGGAAGUAAAAAACACCACUUGAAAUAAAGCAGCCAGGCCUUAAUUGUUAUGAUACGUACGUACUUUGCACUGUUUGUUGUCAUAACCGAUCUUGUUUAUGUAAUUCUUACUGUUGGUAAAUAAAGGUUUGUUGGUCUCAGGAAAACUGUUAUUUGUAAACUCUCGUCUUGGAAACUGUUCACUACAGACCGAAAUGGAACGAAUGAAACACGCGCACUUUUGCGAUUCACGAAGAGCAGCGAGGAAGGUGUUCCCCAUUCACGUAGAGAUGGAGGGAACGGCGAUAUAUUUCCCAGCCCACACUCUCAAACGUUUGGGCGUCUGUCUCGAAUGUUUUUAGUAGGCCCCAAAGGUUAUUAGGGUUUUUAAUAUAUAUAUAUAUAUAUAUAUAGAGAGAGAGAGAGAGAGAGAGAGAGAGAGAGAGAGAGAGAGAGAGAGAGAGAGAGAGAUACUGAUUCUAU